GCUGAGCUGUUUUCGUCAACAUCAUGCCAUACACUGUAUCUUUAAUCAGACUCCUGAACGGAAAACGAAAGACACUUUUCAUUUCCUAGUCAGACAUGACAUUCAGCAAACCGGACUGAAGGCUGCAAAGGCUCCCAGUUAGUCUCUCAUUAUGGUGAAGAAAUCAAUAAAACAGCUACGCCAGAUUGGACUAGACUUCUAUGAAUAUUUACAAGAGACAAAUCAAACUUCAGUUACGCAAAAGGAAAAACUCAAAGAAAUUUACAACACCGAGUUUAGAAACAGGACUGCUGAUGCAAGGGAUCCAAACUUUGGCAGAGUGCUGUUUGCCUUAAAAACAUCUAAUCUGCUGCAGAAGUCAAAAAGAGGAAGUCUUCAUUUCCAUCCAGAAGUACAGGCUUUGUAUGUGGACCAAUGGAGUUCAGGCAGAAGACAGAAUCCCCUGGACCAAAGAGAGGGGGCUGCACCUGUGGUCAGAACCCCUUCUGUGGCGGAAUACUGUUCUCCUGACCAGGCAGAGACUGGGGUUCGAGCCCGCAGGGUACUGGCCUGUGAACUACUGAAAAAACUCAAGAUACAGAGGGCUGAGGUCACCUCUGACAAACAUGGCAUUAAGAUCACGUCUGAGGCGCUGUUUACAGAUGGAAAAAUGACUCUGCACCUGGAAAGUCUGUGUGAGUAUACUGUGUAUCUGAACAUUGAAAACACCAGCAACCAAACAGUUAAUUUUAUCUACUACACUGCUCUGCACUGGCUCCAAUGCUUCUCUCUGGAGGAUGAGCACAAAGUGACCAAGAAGACACCCCUGGCACUAAAUCCCGGAGAGCAUUAUGACAUCAAGGUUAAGUUCAAUGGCAACGCAAUUGGAUUCCACCCUGUGACACUCGCCUUUGAGUUCAAAUCUGACCUGAAAUCUUCCACUUCUUUUCACAUUGUGCGCUUUAUUGAAGCACACUGUAUGACAACAAUGGGCAAAGAGUUGGCCCCUGUGGUCACCUAUAGGCCUCAAGCACUUGCUGUAAGGACCCGUGCAGCUAACUUCACUAUUGUGGAUGGGCAGCCUCCUGAAGGCAUGUCUGUUAUGAAGCUGAAACAUAAAGUGCAGCUGAAGCCAUACCCCAUCCCAGACUUCAUGAACGCUCUCAUUAUUGCACUCAAACAGCAAACAUACUACAGUGACAGAAGGAAAGACAUAUUAGAAGCCGCUCUGAGCUGGGAAAACUAUGCAGAAAAGUUUAAGCUCAUGCUGUUUCUGGAAGAGCUUCAGAUGGAGGUGGAUAUCCAGAGAUACAAUAUACCCAAUGACAACCAACCGGAGGCAACAAUGAAAAAAGAAAAAAAACUUCUGGUCCUCGAGGUUCCAGGCGUUGCUGAGAAUCGCCCGUCUGUGCUUAGAGGCGACCAGCUGCUGGCCUAUCCCAUUGGAGAGACAAAUAAGAAAUAUCGUGGUUAUGUCCACUGUGUGCAACUGGACAGUGUCAAACUGGGCUUUAGCUCAGAGCUUCUGGAUAUCUUUAUAGAAGGAAUGAAGUUUAACAUUGAGUUCAUCAUAAAUCGUCUUACUCUGAGAAUCCAGCACAGAGCAGCAGAGUUUGCUGAGAGAAGUGCACUGGCCCCAGUGCUGUUCCCAGUGGCACCCCCUUCACCUGCUUCACAACAGACUCUUCCUGAUCUCAAGCUUUUCGACAGAAAGCUGGAGAAAAACCCAGAGCAGUAUCGUGCUGUGCAGCAUAUAGUUGCAGGUUCAUCUAAGCCUGCCCCAUACCUAGUGUUUGGUCCACCUGGGACAGGCAAAACUGUAACAGUGGUGGAGGCCAUCAAACAGAUAGAGAAAUGCAAGGCCAACUGUCACAUCCUGGCCUGUGCCCCUUCCAACAGUGCUGCCGAUCUCCUCUGCAAAAAGAUACGAGAUCAUGUCGAUGUGUCUUCGGUGUUCAGGAUGUACGCCAGCAGCCACGACCCAAUGCUGGUACCAGAAGAGAUCAAGGCUUGCUCUAAUCUGAUUGGAAACUGUUAUGAAUAUCCUGAAAAAGAAAAGCUCAUGGAGUAUAAAAUAGUGGUUACAACGCUGAUAACUGCUGGAAGACUGGUCUCAGGAGACAUCCCCAUGGGUCACUUCACUCAUGUGUUUGUGGACGAAUCAGGACAUGCUGUUGAAACUGAGUGUAUUGUGCCAUUAGCGGGACUACUCCAUCCAGAGACAGGGCAGGUUGUUCUGGCUGGAGACCCUAAACAACUCGGGCCCAUUAUCAGAUCUCCAUUGGCUCUGAAGUUUGGCAUGGGGCUGUCUCUGUUGGAGCGUUUGAUGACAGACUUACCUCUUUAUCAGAAAACCAAUGGCGUGUUUGACAACCGCUUUGUGACUAAACUUCUCCGCAACUACAGGUCUCAUCCUGCCAUUUUAGAAAUUCCCAAUGAGCUCUUCUAUGACGGAGAACUUCAGGCAUGUGCUGAUGAGCAACGCAACUUUUAUUGCAACUGGGAAUACCUUCCAAAAAUGAAUUUUCCAGUAAUAUUCCAUGGAGUGACUGGUUUAGAUACACGUGAGUCCAGCAGUCCGUCGUUCUUCAACAUCGCAGAGGUAGAGGUGCUCAUGGAUUAUGUGAUGAAGCUUCUGCAAACACAGGGAAAGAAAGGCCUCUCUACUCUCUCUCCAAAAGACAUAGGCAUCAUCGCCCCCUAUAGGAAACAGGUGCAGAAAAUCCGUAAGGCACUUCAUAUAGUUGAGAAGAAAUUAAAGCCAUCCAAGGACUUGGGUGGUCUAAAAGUGGGUUCAGUGGAGGAGUUUCAGGGUCAGGAGAGAAGAGUGAUCCUGGUGUCUACUGUGCGCAGCAGCCCUGAUUAUGUUGAGAUUGACAAGAAGUUCAAACUGGGAUUUGUCAAGAACGAAAAAAGAUUCAAUGUGGCUAUAACUCGCGCCAAAGCCCUGCUGAUCAUCGUGGGAAACCCCUUAGUGCUGAGAUCAGAUCCUACUUGGGCACGUUUUCUCCAGUAUUGCCAAGACCAAGGUGGCUACAGAGGUUAUGUCCAAACUGAGGAAGAUCAGGACAUUGUGGAAAGAUGCGCAUCUUUGUACCUCAGCAUGGAAGUGGAAGUGAACACUGAAGAGAGUGUUGUACAACAACAGCUGAACCCAGAAUGGAGACAUGAAAUGUGAGGACCAAAAAGCACGAUUUACGAGGACAUGUGUUCAACUUUUUCAGCUCUGCCCAGUCUAUGGCUCUACCUCAACUUAUUUUUAAUUAAAUGCUUAUUUAUUGCUAACUAAAUUGGCAAAGGAGGUGCCUUUUUAGAUGGGAAGUCAGUAGGAAUAAAAUGAAAAGAAAUAGUCCCUAAACAAAUAUUAUCAUGUCAGAAAGAUUUGUGAAGGUUAAAAAAUCACUAUUGUACAAUCUGAUGUUGCUGCCUUUAAUUAAAAAAGUACUUUUUUCAAACAUAAUAAUAAUAAAUACUGUUAUUAAAUCACAUUUGUCUAUCACCAUAUCAAGAACUUCUUCAAAAAUGUGAGCUACUCAAGUAAAUGUAACUAACAUGCAACUGUCUAUUAACCACCUUUGAUCUCAUCUUCUGUACUCUUUAAUAAAAUGUGCUC